GGGCUCAGUUGUCUGUGAGAGCUAGAGACAGGAGCCGUGAGAGGUCCAGGGAGCGAGUCAGCCUGGCGGAGCAGAGCAAGAGCAGAAGCAACGGUGGCAGUGGCGGCCACUCAGCCAGUGGUGCAGCAGGACGCCCGGGGGAGCCAGCAGUGUCUGCAACCUCGCCAACCCCCUCGAGCCUUGGGCUCACUCUGGCCCCAACAUGGAGCUGCCAGCUGUUGGGGAGCACGUCUUCGCGGUGGAAAGCAUCGAGAAGAAGCGAAUCCGAAAGGGCAGAGUGGAGUAUCUUGUGAAAUGGAGAGGCUGGUCCCCCAAAUAUAACACGUGGGAACCCGAGGAGAAUAUCCUGGAUCCCAGACUGCUGAUCGCUUUCCAGAACAGGGAACGGCAAGAGCAAUUGAUGGGAUAUCGGAAGAGGGGGCCGAAGCCUAAACCGCUGGUUGUUCAAGUGCCCACCUUUGCCCGACGCUCCAACGUGCUGACCGGCCUUCAAGACUCCUCAGCAGACAACCGCUCCAAGCUGGAGCUGGGCUCCCAAGGGAAAAGCCAAAGUCACCAAUAUGAACUCAACAGUAAAAAGCACCACCAGUACCAGCCACACGGAAAGGAGCAAGGGGGCAAGCCCCCGCCCCACGGCAAGAGCGGCAAAUACUACUAUCAACUCAACAGCAAGAAACACCACCCCUACCAGCCAGACCCCAAGAUGUACGACCUUCAAUACCAGCCUAGCCACAAGGAGACUCCCAACCCCACCUGCCCCGACUUGGGGACCAAGAGCCAUCCACCUGACAAGUGGGCACACAGCCAGGUGUCGAAGGGUUAUCUGGGUACAGUGAAGCCCCUAGCCAGUGGAGGAGGGGCUGGUGUCAAAGGUUCGGAGAAGGGCCAGUCCAAUGGCGUUACUCCCCCGCCCAAGGAGGCUGGAAUGCCCGCGGGCAAUGGGAUCGGGGGCAAGAUGAAAAUAGUUAAAAAUAAGAAUAAGAAUGGACGCAUAGUUAUUGUCAUGAGCAAAUACAUGGAAAAUGGCAUGCAGGCAGUGAAAAUCAAAUCAGGGGAGGGAGUUGAGACUGAGAGCCGCUCCCCCGGCCAUACCAAGAAGAAGGCUGGGGAGGAGCGGCAUACCAGUGGAGAUAGGACUUUGAAAAAGAUGACCGGGGCCAAUGAGAAAACUCCUGAUCUGCCCCCUAAAAGGCGGGACGAGGACUCCCAAAUUGGGGAAGAUGAGGAAGCCCAGAUCCCGGACUCUGGCUCCCGCAAGCCCUCCCCAGCUAAGGAGGCGUUCCUAGACCAACCCCUGCAACUCACCACCAAGCCCGAUUUGUUAGCCUGGGACUCCACCCGAGGCUCACACCCACCUUCUUCCCAUCACCACCAUCACCACCAUCACCAUCACCACCACUCGAUGGGCUUAAAUCUCGCUAACUCCCGUAAGCGCUGCCUGUCGGAUUCCCACGGUGAUCGUGAGCCCUGCAAGAAACGCCUCACCGCCCGAAGCAUCAGCACUCCCACCUGCCUGGGCGCCAGCCCGGUAGCUGAGCGACCAGUUGACCUUCCCACCGCAGCCUCGGCUGCCUCUGCCCUUCCCCAGCCCGAGGUCAUCCUUCUGGACUCGGACCUGGACGAGCCCAUUGACUUGCGCUGCGUCAAGUCGCGCUGCGGGACUGGGGAGCCUCCCAGCCCUCUGCAGGUGAAACCUGAGGCGCAGGCGACAGUGGCAGCGGCGGCGCCGGCCGAAAAGCCUCCGGCUGAGGCGCGGGACGAGCCGGAGGAGCCACUUACCGAAUUCAAACCUUUCUUUGGAAAUAUAAUUAUCACCGAUGUAACAGCGAACUGCCUCACUGUCACUUUCAAAGAGUACGUGACUGUGUAGCUCUGGGGUGCUGUCGGGAAGGGGCGCUCUGCCUCUGCUGAGGGGCUUGGCUUGCGUGGACUGGGAGCCUGAAUCCCCAUCUUUCUGACCACUGGAGAUUGAGGUUCUGCACUUACAGGCAGCGAACCCCAAUAAACCCUAGUGACCCUGUCCUUCAACGUUCAUCUCCUCGAUCCAGGCAGGAGGCACUUAUAUCCCCUCCCCCCGCCCUUCUCAUCCCUCUUCCGCACCACACCGCACUGCAGGGGGAAAGGGUGUGAGGGAGUGGAGGGAAGCCCGAGCUUCCUUCCACCCGGUGCCUAUAGGGGCUAUCCCUCUGCUCCCUCCCCCAACCCCCAUCCCCAACCCGGGAGCUGCUCCCAGCCGCUUCCACCCGGACCUCGGAUACUGACAUGACAGCCGUGCGGCGGUCUCAGAGUUAUAGUAUUAUAUUUUAACCGUGCUAACUUGUCAAGUGCUGACUUUGCUCCCCUUUGUACGUGGUGUUAUUAUUGAAAUGUAUUGUUUGAGCUCAAAAACCCCGACCACCCCAUCGGGCUGAUAUAUAUAUAUAUAUAAAUAUAUAUAUAUUUAUUUGUAGGUAUUUAUAUAUUGAAAUAUAAAAACCUAGAUUUAUGGAGUUUCCUCUAGAUCACCUUAUAUUCUAUAUCAAACAAAUUAUUUUCUGUUUACCUUUCUCUCCCUUCAUUCAGUAUUUCGGUUGAUUUAAUUUCCAUCCCUUCCCUCUUCUCUCCCCGCCCCCCCUCCAUGAACUGCAAUACCAAUAACCUUGGUAUAUAUUUUUUGAUACUGUACACAUGGAUGUGUUGUUUCUAUGUGCAAAAAAAAGUUUGUUAAAAAGCUAAACAAGCUCUCUAGAAACUGCUGCUACUAGAAAUGUCUAAACUAUAAGCUUCCAAUUAUUACCUGCUUGAAUGUAAAUAUUAAAUGGAGAUGUCGACGGUG